AAAACCUCCCCUGUUUCCCCCCUCCUCCUACUCCGGUAUAUCUAUCUCCUCUCCUCUCCCCCCGGCUCUCGCCGUCUCUCGGCUUCGUCUCCGGUGGUAGCUAGCUUCUGUUGGAUUGCCUAGGAGUGUGUAUAGCUUGCUGCUUGCUGCUUGCUUGCUUGAGCUAGCUGAGGUGUGGGCCGUACGUGUGGCGUAUGGUGGUGGUGUGCUAGCUAGCUAGCUGCUGCUUCUAUAGAUGGUUGCAGGGGCGGUGGGGUAUAUGGCGCGGGCGGCGGACGGCGGCGGCAGAGCGGCGGAGCUCGUCACCAGGGAUUUCCUCGGCGGGUGCGUGGCCGCCGACGACGCCAGGGACGCCGCCGCCGCGACUGCCAGGCACGACGCCGUGUCCGGCAAGGUGUCCCUGCAGAAGCAGGUGUGCCCGGCGACGCCGAGGGAUCUCAACCUCUUCCCCGUCCCCGGCGCCGCCGCUUCGGCGGCCAAGCCCUGCACUUCCACGGCGGCGGCCGCCCCAAGCGCGGGCGGCACGACGACGUACCACAGCGUGUGCACGAUCGAGAAGGUGAAGACGGCGCUGGAGCGGUUCGAGCGCGGCAAGCACGGCCACCACCAGCACCAGCAGCAGCACAGCGCCGGCGCGUCCCCGUCGUCGUCCUCCGUCACCACCUCCUCCGUGAAGCGCCGCGGCGGCGGCGGCGGCGGCGGCGUGGAGCAGGGCGACGGCUGCGACUCCCCGUCCGCCGCGGGGGGCAGCGGCAUGGUGGCCGCCGCGUGCCCGAGGUGCUUCCUCUACGUGCUCAUCUCCCGGUCCGACCCCCGGUGCCCGCGGUGCGAGUCGCACGUGCCGCCGCCGCCGUCGCCGGCGCCCAAGAAGAAGCCGCGGAUCGACCUCAACGUCGGCUUCCUCGGCACCUAGCUUCUUACCACCUCACCCCGCAUCGAUCAUCAUCCCACGGCGGACACAUGUGACUUAGCUUUGCUAAGCCAUGCCCCAAUUCUGUUAGGAAAAUCAAUCAAUCAAUCAAUCAAUCAAACACGUA